AUGCGGAGAAAGCGAGGAUUUUGGCUGAAAAAGCCUACCCCAGCGAUGCAUGCCCGAACGCCACCAUAUUCUCUACGGACGGCGGCUAUGAAGGCCAUAUCGGUGCAGCUGCCACAGUCCCAUCUGUGUUGGAUUAUACACUAUCAUGGCACCUGGGGAAAUCAGACCAAUCCACAGUCUACCCUUGCGGAAUUGAAUAGAAUUGAGAUGGCUGUGGCCGAUUUUUAUUCUAGUCUUCAGAAGGAUCCCACUGCUACACGAGAAUUGAUCAUCUUUGCAGAUAGCCAAGCUGCAAUUCAGGCCAUUCAGAAUCCGAAACGGCCAUCUGGACUGUUCAUCCUGGACUCAAUUUACAAAAAGUUCAAAUCCAUCUUGAGUCUCCCUGACUCUAAUCACAACUGGACUGUUUCUGGUUCGCCUAGUGGUUUAAGUCGCCCUGACUCUUUUCAAUGCCAAAAACCCUCCGUAACCAUCCGAUGGGUCCCUGCGCAUGUAGGGAUCCUGGAGAAUGAACUUGCAGACCUUGCGGCAAAAGAUGCGGCGAAGGCAACUUCGGAAUUACCUUCUGUAGGGCCGGGGCCCCGUUUGGCCAUAUCUGCGCGUCGAUUGGUCCGAGACCGAACCGGCCGGCCUAACCAUCGAUUGACGGACGUGCCGCAGAAGAAGAAUCUACAGCUUUUUAAGGGUCUUUCAGAGCCCUACACGUCGAUUUUGGUGCAGACACAAUCACAAAGGAUUGGCUUACGUCAUUUUCUUUAUAAGAUCAAAGAAGUGAAAUCAGAUCAGUGUCGCUGCGACGAAGACUCGCAGACCCCAUGUCACGUGCUGUUGUAG